CACAACGGUGCGUAACUAUCGGUAGUUAUUUCUCAAUAAAGCAUACAUGUGCAGUAGAAUUGUAAACUUCCUACUGGCAGGAUUUGUUUUAACAGUAUUUUGAGCUAAACACAUCAACCGCUGUGAAAGGGGGCAUGGCGGAGACAGCGGAAAGCAAGAAAGAGGACGCUGAUUACAAGAGAUUGCACAGUUUCCCUCUAAUACGGCACACUGACAUGCCAGAGGAGAUGAGAGUGGAGACCAUGGAACUGUGUGUCACGGCCUGCGAGAAGUUCGCAACCAACAAUGAGAGUGCAGCGAAGAUGAUUAAGGAGUCGAUGGAUAAGAAGUUUGGCAGCUCGUGGCAUGUGGUCAUCGGAGAGGGUUUUGUUGAGGUCACCCACGAGGUGAAGAACCUGCUCUACAUGUUCUUCGGAGGGACUGCCGUGUGUGUGUGGAAGUGCUCCUAGCACCCCCCCCCCUCUCUCUCUCUAUAUAUAUUCUCCUCUCCAUCUCUCUCUCUGCUCCUAGCACCCCCCUCUCUCUGUCUAUCUUUCUGUCUCUCUCGGUCUCUCUCUCUCUCUCUCUGUCUCUCUCUUUGUUGCUAUGCUUUUCAGCUCUCCUUCCGUCCAAAGCUCCUUCCGUCUAAUUUGUUACUUCUGGAAAUUCUAAGCGUGUGUUUGAAUUCACUCUGCAGCCAGGGUCACCAAUGUCCCUUAUCCCUUUUGUUCAGGGACUGUGAAUGUUUGUGUGUGUGCUGGACACACACUUUUUUUUUUUAAAGGACUGGUUUUUCACCCCCACAGUCUGGUCAGUCUUUAUGUAACAAUGUAACAUCCAUCUGGAGUUCUCUCUCUCCUCUCUCUAUCCUCUCUCUCUCCUCUCUCUCUCCUCUCUUCUUUCCUCUCUCUCUCCUCUCUCUCCUCUCUAUCCUCUCGCUCUCCUCUCUCUAUCCUCUCUCUCUCCUCUCUUCUUUCCUCUCUUUCUCCUCUCUCUCCUCUUUUUCUGUGUCUCUCUUCCUCUCACCUGUCCUCUUAACACCAUUCUGUAGCCUUUUUUUAUUAUAUUUUUAAAUAUUUUGUACAUGUAAAUACUUUGAUGCAACUUGAAAACCGUUUUUAACGAGCGACGCUCCUAAAGGCAGUGAGAAGACGAGCUGGCGCUGAGCCAGAUCCACAACCACAGACACAUCUCUGUUUGUCUCUGAAGAAAAUGUUUAUAUGAUCCACUCUUCUAAUGGCACGGCCCACAAUGAUAUUACCCAUGUGGCUUCAGUGAGAAGUUGGAAAGGUGGAACAUUAUAGAGGUCGUUCUGUGAGUCGGCCUAUGUUUGAGGGUUAACUGAUUGUAUAAUAAAAUCUGGAUUGUACCUA